AUGAAUCACGAUAGUUUCUCUUUAAAAUUUCGACGGCAGUCAAGCAAGCUUCACAAAGACCCUCCUAGCUUUAGUUCUCGAAUCCUGAAGAGCCAACAAAGUAACACCUCUCUGAAGCGCCAUCCCUCCGCCCCCGUGUACCCACGUUCGUCUGCCGCCGGGAGUCGAGAGCAUUCGCGCACACGAUCCAACGCAUACGGCUCCUCUUCGUCCUCCGUCGACCAGAACAGUGGGAACCCGUCACCGGUGCUUGCUGGCAACGAGACCACCCAGCCCUCUGCCAACUUUUAUGCCGGCAAACCCCGUCCACCCCACUCUGGGCGGUUUUCCUUGACCGAACAAAGCUCAGAUGAAUUGAUCGGCGCCCCGUUUGAUACCCGGGGCAUGCUCAGUGCUCUCGACGAGAACAGCGCCGAACCCAUCGCAUCUCUGCCCGAAAAGCCGCCGACCCUUCGAUCCCAAACCACCCCGGACCCUCGAGGACUCAGGCAAUCCGCCAGCUUCACCACCCUACACAACCGGAUGGAUAAUCUCGUGAACCGGUCCGACAAUGAACGCCCCACGAAUACGAAACGGUAUUCCGACGAGGGGGGCGCCCCCCGGCCGCUGGGCACCGGGCGAAGCAAGAAGAGCAGCUUCUCCAGCUUCGUCAACAGCAUGCUAGGCUCCCCUCGUGGCAUCAAGAUCUCCGCCCCCGAGAACCCCGUCCACGUUACGCACGUCGGUUAUGAUAACCAGACGGGUCAGUUCACGGGGCUGCCGCGAGAAUGGCAGCGGUUGCUGCAGGAGAGUGGCAUUUCGAAGAAAGAGCAGGAGGAACACCCGCAGACCAUGGUGGAUAUCAUGCGGUUCUACGAAAAGAACGCUCGUGGCGAUGACGAGGUGUGGCACAAGUUUGACCAUGCGUAUCCGCAACCCCAGUUGAUUACCACGUCGACCUCUCAGCCGAGUUCGAACGGUUCAACGCCUCACGGAUCCGUUGCUCAGCGGACAUCCCCUCCGACGAGCCCUCGGUUCCCCCAGAACCACGAGGGGAGCUUUGAGAAUCCACGGGCGCCUCCUCCCAUCCCCCGGAGUGCGUCGACGGCGGGCUCGGUCAUGUCUCCGCCCGUGAGCAGCGGCGGUCUCGUGCCUAACCGGGCCCCUCCAAAGCCUCCCACUCCCGCCAAUAUGACUCCUGCCCGACCGGCGCCUCAACCCCCCGUGGCGACGACAAGUCCGUACGGGACUGCCUCGAGCCGGCCGGUUCAGGAUCCGUUUGCCAACCAGUUCGGGACGCCACCCAUCCCGGAGACCGAACCGUUGCCGUCCGAGUCUCAACUCAGCCGAUCCAACUCCAAACUCAACGGGUCGCAAGCGGCAUGGGCUCCCCCGGCGGUCGUGGCCACGCCGGUCCAAUACCAGCAGCAGCAGGAGCAUGCACUGGCCGCAGCCCAACAAGCUAUCGCCAGCAAGCAGCUCGAUCGCAGCCGCAGCCAACGUCAGCAGCAGCAGCAGCAGCCUCGGCCGGAACAAAAACCAACAACGCAGCCUGCACCUCCGCAACAUGUCUCGCCCGUGGAAGACCCCUCCCGUGCCCCGCCCGCGGCUCGCCCCCGGCAGCGGCCUCGCCAGAGCAAUGCCAUGGAUAUCCGGGCCCGCCUGGUUGCCAUCUGUACUCCUGGCGAUCCCAGCAAGAUGUAUCAUAAUCUCAACAAGAUCGGUCAGGGUGCGUCGGGCGGUGUCUUUACCGCUUAUCAGAAUGGCACCAACAACUGCGUUGCCAUCAAGCAAAUGAACCUUGAUUUGCAACCGAAGAAGGAUCUGAUCAUCAAUGAGAUUCUGGUGAUGAAGGACAGCAAGCACAGGAACAUCGUCAAUUUCCUGGACAGUUACCUCCACGGUCUGGAUCUGUGGGUGGUGAUGGAGUAUAUGGAAGGCGGCAGUCUGACCGACGUCGUGACUUUCAACAUCAUGAGUGAAGCCCAGAUUGCGGCCGUCUGCAGAGAGACUCUCAAUGGACUACAGCACCUUCAUUCGAAGGGUGUAAUUCAUCGGGACAUCAAGUCUGAUAACAUCCUUCUCUCAAUGGAUGGCAAUAUCAAAUUAACCGAUUUUGGUUUCUGUGCCCAAAUCAAUGACUCGCACAACAAGCGCAACACGAUGGUUGGCACGCCCUAUUGGAUGGCCCCCGAAGUCGUGACCCGAAAGGAGUACGGCCGAAAAGUCGACAUUUGGAGUUUGGGUAUCAUGGCAAUCGAGAUGAUCGAAGGCGAACCUCCUUAUCUCACGGAAUCACCCUUGCGGGCGCUCUACCUCAUUGCCACCAACGGUACGCCCAAGAUUAAAGACGAACACAACUUGUCGCCCGUCUUCCGGGAUUUCCUGUCUCUCGCGUUGAAGGUAGACCCGGAGAAGAGAGCAUCGGCCCAUGAUCUAUUGAAGCAUCCAUUCAUGUCCUUCUGCGCACCGCUCAAUCAUUUGUCUCCCCUGGUCAAGGCUGCGCGCGCUAGCCGGGCCGCCGAAAAGGCUCAAAAGGGAGGCCCUUAA